UCCCGCCCCUCGCGCCCGGAGGGCUGGCUGGCUAAGUCCCUCCCGCUGCCGGCUCUCGCCUCACUAGGAGCGGCUCUCGGUGCAACGGGGACAGGGCGCCCACGGAGCGCACGACACUGCCCGGAACGCAGCGCCACCCUUGCCUCUCGCGAUCUCCAGCGGCUCCGCGCGCGCACGAUGCCCUCGGCCACCAGCCACAGCGGAAGCGGCAGCAAGUCGUCCGGACCGCCACCGCCGUCGGGUUCCUCCGGGAGUGAGGCGGGGGCCGGGGCAGCUGCGCCGGCUCCUCAGCACCCAGCGUCCGGCACCGGCGCGGUCCAGACCGAGGCCAUGAAGCAGAUUCUCGGGGUGAUAGACAAGAAACUUCGGAACCUGGAGAAGAAAAAGGGUAAGCUUGAUGAUUACCAGGAGCGGAUGAACAAAGGGGAGAGGCUUAAUCAAGACCAGCUGGAUGCUGUAUCUAAGUACCAGGAAGUCACAAAUAAUUUGGAAUUUGCAAAAGAAUUACAGAGGAGUUUCAUGGCGUUAAGUCAAGAUAUUCAGAAAACAAUAAAGAAGACAGCACGCCGGGAACAGCUUAUGAGAGAAGAAGCUGAACAGAAACGUUUAAAAACUGUACUUGAGCUACAGUAUGUUUUGGACAAGUUAGGAGAUGAUGAAGUACGAACUGACUUGAAACAAGGAUUGAACGGGGUUCCGAUCCUGUCUGAAGAGGAACUGUCACUGUUGGACGAGUUCUACAAGUUAGUAGACCCUGAACGGGACAUGAGCCUAAGGUUGAAUGAGCAGUAUGAACAUGCCUCCGUUCACCUGUGGGACUUACUGGAAGGGAAGGACAAACCUGUAUGUGGGACAACCUAUAAGGCUCUAAAAGAAAUCGUUGAGCGUGUGUUUCAGUCAAACUACUUUGACAGCACCCACAACCACCAGAAUGGGCUGUGUGAGGAAGAGGAGGCAGCGUCGGCGCCUGCAGUGGAAGACCAGGUCGCGGAAGCUGAGCCUGAGCCAGCAGAAGAAUACACUGAGCAAAGUGAAGUUGAAUCAACAGAGUAUGUAAAUAGACAAUUUAUGGCAGAAACACAGUUCAGCAGUGGUGAAAAGGAGCAGGUGGAGGAGUGGACAGUUGAAACAGUUGAGGUAGUAAAUUCACUCCAGCAGCAGCCUCAGGCUGCAUCUCCUUCAGUACCAGAGCCCCACGCUCUGACUCCGGUGGCUCAGGCAGAUCCCCUUGUGAGAAGACAGCGAGUACAAGAUCUUAUGGCACAAAUGCAGGGGCCUUACAAUUUCAUACAGGAUUCAAUGCUGGAUUUUGAAAACCAGACUCUUGAUCCUGCCAUUGUAUCUGCACAGCCUAUGAAUCCAGCACAAAACAUGGACAUGCCCCAGCUGGUUUGCCCUCCUGUUCAUUCUGAAUCUAGACUUGCUCAGCCUAGUCAAGUUUCUGUACAACCAGAAGCUGCACAGGUUCCUUUGGUUUCAUCCACGAGUGAGGGAUACACAGCAUCUCAACCCUUGUACCAGCCUUCGCAUGCGACGGAGCAGCGGCCACAAAAGGAACCAAUUGAUCAGAUUCAGGCAACAAUCUCUCUAAGUACAGACCAGACUACAGCAUCCUCAUCCCUUCCUGCUGCUUCUCAGCCUCAGGUAUUCCAGGCUGGGGCGAGCAAACCUUUACAUAGCAGUGGAAUCAAUGUAAAUGCAGCUCCAUUCCAGUCCAUGCAAACGGUAUUCAAUAUGAAUGCCCCAGUUCCUCCUGUUAAUGAACCAGAAACUUUAAAACAGCAAAACCAGUACCAGUCCAGUUAUAACCAGAGCUUUUCCAGUCCGCCUCACCAAGUGGAGCAGACAGAGCUCCAGCAAGAACAGCUUCAAACAGUGGUUGGCACUUACCAUGGCUCCCAGGACCAGCCUCAUCAAGUGACUGGCAACCACCAGCAGCCUCCUCAGCAGAACACUGGAUUUCCACGUAGCAGUCAGCCUUAUUAUAAUAGUCGUGGUGUGUCCCGUGGAGGUUCCCGUGGCGCUAGAGGCUUGAUAAAUGGAUACCGGGGCCCUGCCAAUGGGUUCAGAGGAGGCUAUGAUGGUUACCGCCCUUCGUUCUCUAACACUCCGAACAGUGGUUAUACACAGUCUCAGUUCAGUGCUCCCCGGGACUACUCCGGCUAUCAGCGGGAUGGAUAUCAGCAGAAUUUCAAGCGAGGCUCUGGGCAGAGUGGACCACGGGGAGCCCCACGAGGUCGUGGAGGGCCCCCAAGACCCAACAGAGGAAUGCCGCAAAUGAACACUCAGCAAGUGAAUUAAUCUGAUUCACAGGAUUAUGUUUAAUCGCCAAAAACACACUGGCCAGUGUACCAUAAUAUGUUACCAGAAGAGUUAUUAUCUAUUUGUUCUCCCUUUCAGGAAAUUUAUUGUAAAGGGACUGUUUUCAUCCCAUAAAGACAGGACUACAAUUGUCAGCUUUAUAUUACCUGGAUAUGGAAGGAAACUAUUUUUACUCUGCAUGUUCUGUCCUAAGCGUCAUCUUGAGCCUUGCACAUGAUACUCAGAUUCCUCACCCUUGCUUAGGAGUAAAACUUAAUAUACUUUAUGGGGUGAUAAUAUCUCCAUAGUUAUUUGAAGUGGCUUGAACAAAAGCAAGUCUGACUCUUGGACAUUGGAUAAAAUCUACAAGUCAGCCCUAGAGUUUUUCAAUGGCAAUUGACAGAUAUUUUCCUUGAGAGGAAGAUGGAAGGAGUGGAGUGUGGUUUGGCAAAACAACUGCAUUUCACAGCUUUUCCAGUUCAGUUGGAGCGCUAACUGUUGGGAGGUGUACCAAAUUAUGUGUGGGUCCCUAUCACACAUGGAAGGCUGGCUGCCAGCUUUGACACAGCACUGUUCAUCUGGCCAAAUGACUGUGAUUAAAAACACAUGUAAAUUGCUUUUUAACAGCUGAUUACUGCAAGACAAAGCCACAAUGCAAAUUAGGCUUUGAUUGGCACUUUUUGAAAAAAUAUUCAACAUAAUGAGAAAUAAUCUGGACGGGCCACUUCUGUAUUUAAUGUGAAUUAUUUAGAUACCUUUGAACACUUCUUAACAGUUUCUUUGAGACGGUGACUUUUAUAAGGAUUGGUACUAUAUAUCAGUCCUUAUGACAUGUACAUUGUCAUCACUAAUCCUUGGAUCUUGCUGUAUUGUUACCUAAAUUGGUACAGAUAAUGAUGAAAGUCUCUAAUGGAUAAUCAUAACACUCUUGGGCACAUGUUUUUCCUGCAGCUUGAAAGUUCUUAAAAGAAAAAAAGACAUCAAAUGCCUGCUGCUACCACCCUUUUAAAUUGCUAUCUUUUGAAAAGCACCAGUAUGUGUUUUAGAUUGAUUUCCCUGUUUUAGGGAAAUGACAGUCAGUAGCUUCAGUCCUGAUGGUAUUAGCAAAACAAAUAAAAAGUGUAUAAAAGUUGUAUCUUGAAACACUGGUGUUCAACAGCUAGCAGCUUAUGUGAUUCGCCCCCAUGCAUUGUGAGUGUCACGGAUUUUAUGGUUGUCUCCAGCAGCUGUUUCUGUAGUAUUUGCACUUACCAUUUGUCUAAUUCACCUCUAAUUGACUUCUCCUUUUCCCAUGGAGGCAUUUAUGUUUAAAGUGGUGAUUUCUUCCCGUAGAUGCAUAGGGAGAGUCUCAAGUUUGAUGGAGAUAGACGGUUUAAUAGUGACUUAGCCGUAUGUACUAUGUUGGAGUUUGUGCUAGCAGUUCGAGCACUAGUUCUGUGUGCCUAUGAACUCAAUGCUGCUUGUUGUCCCAUACCACUUUGACUUUAUGGAGAAUUGAUCCCACCUAUUAAGCAAAGGCUACUAAGUUAAUGGUAUCUUCUUUGCAGAAAUUAAAAUUUUAUUUUUAGCCUUUAGCUAAGGAAAUUGUCCAGUAAGUACUCAGCAAAACAAACCAAAACUAUUCAUCAUUAGACAACUGGAGUUUUUGCUGGUUUUGUAACCUAUUAAAGUGGAUAGGCUGUUGAACAUUCCACAUUCAAAAGUUUUGUAGGGUGGUGGGUAAUGGGGAAUCCUCAAUGUUUAUUUUAAAAUAAAUAAAAUUCUUGACUUUUCUCAUG